GCUACACACCUCCACAUGUCCAAGUGCCAACUUUACUUUCCAACAGAUUCAGUGAAAUUGGAGGCUUGUGGUUUCUUUCCAGAAGAAGAAAGGAACCAUGGGACACUUGUUUAUAAGUUGCCUGCUGUCUAUCUGGCAGUGAGUAAAGACACAGCUCUGAUUUGGGAACAAAUUGUCCAUGAAACUGACCAGACAAAGUGGCUGCUGUUGUUUGAGUUUGGCUUGGAUCAAAACUGAGGUUGUCCUGGCAUUUCUGGGACCUAGUCCAGGCAAGAGGAAGAAGAAAAAGAAGGAGAAGGAAAAGAAGAGGGAGAAAAAAAAGGUGGGGAGAAAUAAAGGGAGGAGAGAAGCACAGGAAAAGAAAAAAGUCCUUUUUCAACAUCACAUUCCUGUGUUUUCCCUCAGCCUGGAAAACAUAUUAAUCCCAGUGCUUUUACGCUUGGAAACAAAGAGACUAAGCCAGACUGUGGGGAAAGGGUGAUAAGAAGGAUCCUGGAACUCUAAAGAGAGAAAGAACAAGAUUCAGGAAUAGCUGGGACUCCACUUUCAGGGGUGCCCCGUGUUGUCGGCACAGGGGACAGGCACAGGCAGACACACAAGACCGCGCAGAAACUACAGACAAAUGGAGAGGCAACUACUUACAAGGACAGCUCCUUUCACCUCAUCCUACUUGUCAAGAAGGUGAAAGGACAGCCAGAGGAAAGAAGAAAGCAGCUCAGCCCUCAGGUCAGGACAGGCUGUGAGUCGGUGGCGCCUUUGGGAGCUGGAGCUGCAGCACACCCCCUUUGUACUGCUCAGCCUGCAAAGGAGAAAGAGGCUUGGGAAAAGUAUUUCAUCUAGGAAACUGUCCUGGGACCACACUUCAGAUUGCCUUUUAAACCCUCUGCAUUCCAUCUCCAUGAGCCACAAUUGGAUUGCACAAUGACAUGGAGAAUGGGACUCAGUGUUACCAUGCUGUUUGCAAUGUGGCUGGUGUGUGGAUCAGAACCCCACCUCCAUGCCAUGCAUGGGGGGAGCCACGGAGGGCGGAAGGUGCUUCUGGUCCCCCCAGUCCACAGAAGGCCAACUCGGCUUCUGAGGCACACAGCAAAGGCUCAGGGACUGGAGAGCACCACUCUGGAAGAACCAAAGCUUCCGCCUCUCCAAAGGAGGAGGAGCGUGCCAGUGCUGAGGGUAGCUCCUGCCACGGCCCCAUCGGCCCCGCCAAGCCGCAGGAGCGCCCCAGGGAGACCGAGGCAGAGACCCGGAGUCCCCAAUUCUCCCCGUGAAAUGAUCCGAGAUGAGGGGUCCGCGGCUCGCUCGAGAACGCUGCGCUUCCCCUCCGGGUCCAGCUCUCCCAACAUCCUUGCCAGCUUCGCGGGGAAGAGCAGGGUAUGGGUCAUCUCGGCGCCGCACGCCUCGGAGGCCUACUUCCGCCUCAUGAUGAGCCUCCUGAAGGACGACGUGUACUGCGAGCUGGCGGAGAGGCACAUCCAGCAGAUCGUGCUGUUCCACCAGGCGGGCGAGGAAGGAGGCAAGGUGCGCAGGAUCACCAGCGAGGGCCGCGUCCUGGAGCAGCCCCUGGACCCCAACCUCGUCCCAAAGCUGAUGAGCUUCUUGAAGCUGGAGAAGGGCAAGUUCGGCAUGGUGCUGUUGAAGAAGACGCUGCAGGUGGAGGAGCGCUACCCCUACCCGGUCCGGCUGGAGGCCCUGUAUGAGAUCAUCGACCAGGGCCCCAUCCGCAGGAUCGAGAAAAUCAGGCAGAAGGGUUUUGUCCAAAAAUGUAAGGCGUCUGGGGUGGAGGGGCAGGUGGUGGAGGAGGGGAGCAAUGGCGGAGGGGCCGGAAGGCCAGGCCUGAGCGGAGACAAGAGGAAAGAGGACCAGCGGAGAGCGCAAGUCCUGCCCACCAGGGAGAGCCGGGCGAAGGUGCCCAGGAAGCCGGCCACCAGCACGGCCGCUGCUCCCCCACCUCCUCCAACCCCAAAGGCCACCACCCUGCCUCCCGCUGCAGCCCCAACAGUGACCCGGGCCACCUCUCGGAUGGUCACUGUGGCUGCAAGGCCGACAACCACCACGGCCUUUCCGACCACCCAGAGGCCCUGGACAGCCAGGGUGCACCCCUCUUCAGAUGCCCACCGGCCUCCAGCAACUGCUGAGGUGGCCACGGCCAGGGAGCCCGGGCCCUCGGAGAAUCUCUACCCGCACCCCAGGAAGGAGCAGCCCAGGGAGAGGCUGCACACCACCAGGAGGCCCAGCAAGGCCACCAGCUUGGACAACCUCACGGCUGCCCCUCCCACCACCGUCCCGGAGCCCAGCACUCGGGCCAGCGCCGGCCGGCUCCGGGACAACCGCACAGACCGGCGGGAGCACGGCCACCGCGAGCCAAAUGUGGUGCCAGGUCCUCACAAGCCCGCGAAGGGGAAACCUCCCAAAAAGAAGGCCCAGGACAAAAUCCUCAGCAAUGAGUAUGAGAGUAAAUAUGACCUCAGCAGGCCUACUGCCUCUCAGCUGGAGGAGGAGUUGCAGGUGGGGAAUAUUCCCCCCCAGAAAACAAAGGAAUCUAAAAAGCAUGAGAAGCUGGAGAAACCUGAGAAGGAGAAGAAAAAAAAGGUGAAAACUGAGAAAACAGACAAGUUACUCAAGAGUGAAAAGCAAGCGAAGAAGGAUAAGGCUGAGAAAAAGAGCCGACAGGAGAAAGAGAAGAGCAAGAAGAAAAAGGCAGGGAAAACAGAACAGGAUGGCUACCUGAAACCCACCACAAAACACUUCGAUCCGAGUCCCCGGAAGUCCGUGACUGAGCUGCUGGGCUCCUUUGAAGGCAAACGGCGGCUUCUUCUUAUCACCACUCCUAAGGUUGAGAACAACAUGUAUGUGCAACAGCGAGAUGAAUAUCUGGAAAGCUUCUGCAAGAUGGCCACCAGGAAAAUCUCCGUGAUCACCAUCUUUGGCCCUGUCAACAACAGCACCAUGAAAAUCGACCACUUCCAGCUAGAUAAUGAAAAACCUAUGCGAGUGGUGGAUGACGAGGACCUGGUAGACCAGCAUCUCAUUGGUGAGCUGAGGAAAGAGUAUGGAAUGACCUAUAAUGACUUCUUCAUGGUACUCACAGAUGUGGACCUGAGAGUCAAGCAAUACUAUGAGGUGCCCAUAGCAAUGAAGUCUGUGUUCGAUUUGAUCGAUACAUUCCAGUCCCGAAUCAAAGAUAUGGAAAAGCAGAAGAAGGAGGGCAUUGUUUGCAAGGAAGACAAGAAGCAGUCAUUGGAGAACUUCCUGUCCAGGUUCCGAUGGAGGAGGCGGCUGCUGGUGAUCUCUGCCCCCAAUGAUGAAGACUGGGCCUAUUCACAGCAGCUCUCGGCCCUCAGUGGCCAGGCCUGCAAUUUUGGUCUGCGCCAUAUAACCAUUCUGAAACUUUUAGGGGUUGGAGAGGAAGUUGGGGGAGUUUUAGAACUGUUCCCAAUUAAUGGGAGUUCUGUUGUGGAACGAGAAGACAUACCUGCCCAUUUGGUGAAAGACAUCCGUAACUAUUUUCAAGUGAGCCCAGAGUACUUCUCCAUGCUACUAGUUGGAAAAGAUGGCAAUGUCAAAUCCUGGUAUCCUUCCCCAAUGUGGUCCAUGGUGAUUGUGUAUGAUUUAAUUGAUUCAAUGCAACUCCGGAGACAGGAAAUGGCCAUUCAGCAGUCCCUGGGGAUGCGCUGCCCAGAAGAUGAGUACGCAGGCUACGGUUACCAUGGCUACCACCAAGGAUACCAGGAUGGUUACCAGGAUGACUACCGUCAUCAUGAGAGUUACCACCAUGGGUAUCCUUACUGAAUGGAGAUACGUAACCUUAGCCCCAGCCAGUUCCCCCUGCAGCUGUUAAAGCCACAAGUGGCCAGCUAUGUCAAGGAGUUCUUUCACACUGCCUUCAUUCCCUGCCUUUUUCUUUCUGUGUUCUUCCAAGAUUAAAUAAAUAGCAGACUUUUGCCUAUUCA